AUGCAACAAGCUUGGGUUGAUAUUUUGUAUGAGCAAGCUGUUGAAAGAGGAAUUUAUAAUACGAUUGGUAACCUAUUGAAGGAGCAACUCGACGAAAAUGAGUCACAAUUAGAGGACACAGUAAUUGCAGAAAUCAAAAAGAAACUCUUAACUACUUGCCAAAAAGGCUUUACGGAAGAAUUUAAAGUCACUGAUAGCUCAAAGACCCUAGAAGAGGAAUAUCAAUACCAAAGAAGAAGAUGUAAUAAUGUUUUAUUUAUUGGAAAGCUUGUGUCAUGCUUGGUAGUAGACGCAUCUAUUGGAUUUAAAAUACUGGAUAUGUUGUUGAGCAAUCCUACUGAGUUAAAUGUCAAACUUGUCACACUAUUCUUGCCAGUAGCAGGUACAAUUCUCGCAAGAAUGAAGCACAAAAAGCAAUUAGAUGAAUGUUUUGAGAAAAUUAAGAAUAUCGUUAACAAGGAGGCGUCAUUGCCUAAAAACCUCAAGUUUGAUUUGCUUUCAAUGAUCGACCUCAGAGAAAAACACGAGUUCAUUAACAUUGAUAAGGGCUUGAUAACCUUGCAAAAAGAGCUCUCUCACCUCAAAGAACUUGAAGCAAAGGAUCAGAAAAUUAAUGAACUCGAGAAUUUGCUAACCGAGUGGGAUAAAUGGUAUGAGGAUGAAUAUGGUACAGAAUGGAAGCAAGGUCACCAAGAUCUUAAGGUCAACCAAGAUACCUCCAACAAUAAGCAACAAAACAAAGACCGUCAACCACAACAAUCAAACAGACAGCAAGUUCAACACAACUCUCCCAACAAGUAG